CUUCAUCAGUUCAUUUUAGGGUUUCUUCGCGAGCCUAAUAUAUCAUAGGAAGCGAGCCGUCUCUAGUCUUUUAGGCGGUUCAGAUCACCAAACCCUCAGAGAGGUCUCUGAGUGUCGCGAAACCUCUCUUAGCGGUACUUGCAGAGAUGGUGACUUUCAGGUUUCAUCAGUAUCAGGUGGUGGGGAGGGGUCUCCCUUCAGCAACAGAUGAGCAUCCGAAGAUCUAUAGGAUGAAAUUAUGGGCAACGAACGACGUUCGUGCCAAAUCGAAGUUCUGGUAUUUUUUGAGGAAGCUCAAGAAGGUCAAGAAGAGCAAUGGACAAGUCCUUGCCAUCAACGAGAUUUUUGAGAAGAACCCAACCAAGAUCAAGAAUUAUGGGAUUUGGUUGCGGUACCAAAGCAGGACUGGGUAUCACAAUAUGUACAAGGAAUUCCGUGACACCACCCUUAACGGUGCUGUUGAGCAUAUGUACAACGAGAUGGCUUCUCGCCACAGGGUAAGGUUUCCUUGCAUCCAAAUUAUCAAAACGGCUACCGUCCCAGCGAGUCUUUGCAAGAGAGACAGCACAAAGCAGUUUCACAACGCAAAAAUCAAGUUCCCCUUGGUCUUCAGGAAGGUUAGGCCACCAACCAGGAGGCUCAAAACCACAUACAAGGCCUCAAAGCCCAACUUGUUUAUGUGAUGGGAUGGAUUCUUGCAUUCCUUAAUUUUGUUAUUUGCAUUUAAAACUCUUAUUAUUGAUAGUUUAACUCUUACUUUGGUUAGACAAAGUGUUUUUGAGUAGUGUGAGUCCAUAAUUUACGUAGCUUUUGGUGGAUGCCAUUUGGUUUGUUCAUUUGAAACCUUCAUUCUGGUUUAAUGAUGAGAUACCUUCAUCAGUA